GUCCACCUUACAAGACCCUAAACUCCUUCCAAAUAGAUCUUAAUCCCCCACAGUGUAUUGUCAGCUUCUUGCUGUCUGGUUUACUGCACGGGAAGUAUAUUCUCGCCAACCGAGGAGAUUUAUGGCUGCUGACUACGUUGACUCUAGAUCCAAGAUGGCGGUCUCUUUACUGGUUGUUCUCUUGCUUGCGUGGAUACCGAAUGCUAAGUUAGAGUGUGUGGGUCCGAAAGGUGGCGUGGGUCCGGCAGGUUCCAAGGGCUCCGUAGGUGAUUCGUCCAGCAGUGAUUGGUACAAUGUCUCACCGGUCCGGAACUGGCGACAGUGUGUUUGGGACAUCUCGGAUUCAACCGAUAACGGGGUCAUUUACACAUGCCCGUUUCAGAAGCUCUACGCCACAAGUUCUCUCUUUGUAGCUUUUAGUGGCUGUACUCGUAUCUGUUGCUGUCAUGGUUGUUGUGGCCGUUGGUAUUUCAAGUUCAACGGCAACGAAUGCAGCGACCCGAAUGCGAUUGACGGCGCCGUGUACCUGGCCGAUAUCUCGGGGGCUGAUCUCCACCGUAACCGCGUCGUACAAGGUUAUUGCGAUGGUCUGAGUGCUGGUUGGAUAGAUGUGACGCUGAACGUGGGUCCAUGUAGUGGUUAUGGUACCAACGAUUACCAUACGGGUUGGAAUAGCGUGUCUCGUAUAUCUAUUGAGGAGAUACCGGCGUCGCCGUAUGCUUAAUACCAGGGGUUGGGUCUUUAAAGGCACGGGACA